AUGGCACCAUCCGCAACAGAGACAGCUGCCGCAAAGGCCGAGGACCUCAAGGCAAAGGGCUUGCCUUCGAAAGAAGUAUCAAAGGAAGCAGUAUACGCAGACGACUUUCCGCCCCUGGAUGAGGAGCUCCCGGAAGUAAGGACAGACCACAGGGAACCCCUCAAGGCUACGGGUGUCCUUGACCAAUUCGAGCACUUUGAAGUGACGCCCGUCAUCGGCCGCGAGUACCCGACCCUCGAUCUCAAGGAGCUGCUGCGCGCGCCCAACUCUGACGAACUCCUUCGAGACCUAGCAAUCACCAUCUCGCAGCGCGGUGUCGUAUUCUUCCGCAAGCAGGAUAACAUUGACAACGAUCUCCAAAAGGAACUCGUCCAGCGCCUUGGCGAGCUUUCAGGGAAGCCCUCGACUUCGAAGCUCCACAUCCACCCCGUCAACAACUCGGGGCGCGGCGAUACAAAGGACGAUGAGAUCAGCGUCAUCUCGUCGGCGCAGGCCAAGAGGCUGGGCAUACAUCGCUUCCUGAACUAUACCAAGAAGCAGACGCAGAGGUCGCAAUGGCAUUCCGACAUCACGUUUGAGCCCGUGCCGAGCGACUAUGCGCUUCUACGUCUUACGCAGCUACCAAAGACGGGAGGAGACACGCUGUGGGCCUCGGGCUACGAAGUGUACGACCGGAUAUCGAAGCCGCUCCAAAAGUUCUUCGAUGGCAUGACAGCCACGUACGCACAACCAGGCUUCAACGCAGCAGCCGAAAAGAACGGCUUCAAGCUCUACUCCGAAGCACGCGGCGCGCCCGAAAACGUCGGCGAGCUCUUGGAGGCCAUCCACCCGGUGAUCCGCACGAACCCGGUAACGGGCUGGAAGAGCGUCUUCGCCGUGGGUCUCCACGUACAGAAGAUCAACGGCCUCUCGGACGAGGAGUCGAAGCACUUCCUCGACUGGUUCGUGCAGCUCAUCAUCGAGAACCACGACCUGCAGGUGCGACACCGCUGGCAGAACCCCAACGACGUCGCCAUCUGGGACAACCGCUCGGCCUACCACGCCGCGACGCCGGAUUACAUCGUGGAAGGCCUCGGGGAGAGACAAGGGUCUCGUGCCGUGAGUCUCGGGGAGAGGCCAUACUUUGACCCUCAGAGUCAAAGCAGACGGGAGGCCCUGCGGGCCGAAGCCAUUGCUGCUUUGAAGGCGGAUUACAGCUCAUGA